AUGAUCUCAACUUUAGCACCCCUCAUCUGUCAAGCAUUGGCAGCCCCCCGGAGCUACCCCAGACCCGGAUUGCCACUGCUUCAGUUAGCCGAUUGGGAUUCCGACGUCGCCUACGACGAGUCUCCUCCUACCUGUAUUCACUACUCAAUCGAGUGGAAGCUGCAGCUGCGUAAGGGAAGGCUCACCAAACUCACAAAUGAUACGGAACGAGAUCUUGUCCUGGCGCCCGGCGCAUUUUGGGACAGGACUCUCGAGUCCAAGGUAGAGGAGCUUUUAAGAAAGAAAACCCCGCAAGGUAAAUGCUACCUGCCAGAGGAAACGAACGUUAUUGUGUCCGUCACCGACCGCAGCGAACGGGAUCUCACGAAGCGAUUCGACGACUUCAACAUUGAUUGGCGACUGGUGGAAGGCCAACUGAGCGAUUGGGGCCAUCUGUUUCGGAUGGGUAAAAAGCUGAGGAUUGACAUGUCCUUCAUUUGUAAAGAAGAGACCCAGCAAGGCUCCGCGACGGUGCUACAGGGUAACCGAGGCAGCGCAACAUCCCGGCAGCUGGUUGAACGGGAUCAGCUGCUGGAGACGCAAGAGGCAGAGGGUCGGCCUCGCGUCUGGAAUGACGUGUACAAUCUCAUGCGAUGUAAAAAGGACUCAUGUCCAGGCAGCUACUGCUUCAUCGGCGAGCAGAGAAGACAUAUUGUGCUAAACACAAACAUUUUGACCAAGAUGGUGCAGUACGCCGAAGAAGGCAACGUGCUGGAAACCCACAGAGAUGUCCCAGCCUACAUCCUCGACAUGAUCUAUGAGAAGGACACGGAGGACUCUGAACGGAGGCAGAAACGGAAGGCGCCCGGUUUGGAGAGCGAUCGCCCAAUCAAGAUCGUGAAUAUCUUGCCCUCGCCCUACGGUCAGCCAAAUGCAGAAGGGUGCACUCCGCCGGCGUCAAGCUUUCCGCAUGUUUCGCCUUCUGCAUUUCACUUAACAGAUCUGGUCAUUCCAACACCAAUUGACAAAUCUAUAGACAUUUACACUGAAUGGAACUGUGACCAGGUCGAUGACGAAAACUGGAAAGAUGGCUUUCGCAGGGCGGGAAGCAUCACGAAACAUGACUGUCUCGAUUUAAGACACGUAUACCAGGACCAGGAUGUCGCGUACUACGUCGACAAGGGUGUGAAGCCUGGCAUUGCUAGAUCGUGGGUGCAGGGCAUCAAGGCUUGGGCCGACGAGCAGUGA